AUGAAUAUUUACAAUAUUUACCUAUUGGUUAUCUGCGCUGUUUUCACGGUCCAAGCUUGUCCAUCACAGAUGGCACCGAGAGGACCAGAUGGAAAGGAUGGAAAUAAAGGAAUGGAUGGACCGCCAGGAGCUAUAGGACGUCGAGGAAAGACGGGACCAGUUGGUAAGCAAGGAAAUCAAGGACCGAAAGGUAGACCUGGGCCGAGAGGACCGAUGGGACUGCAGGGUGAACAAGGACCGAGAGGAAUGAAGGGACCAAUAGGAGCAACAGGACCAGCAGCAGGAUAG